GGCCAGAAAAGAUUAGGAGAGAAAAAUGUCAGUGGCCUUCAUCUGUAAAUCCAAUCUGGUUUUAGCAGUUAUCGCAUUGUUGCCCCUCUAGUUGUUAAUUUCAUUAACACCAAAUCAGCUGAGACUGAUUUAGUGUUCCUUUCAUUUUUUGGAGUGUUAUAUUAAAACAUUAUGUCUUUUGUGAUCAUUUACCUCCACAAACACAGUUUCAUUUUUUCAACCAGCUUUAUAGUUUUUCUGAAUAUAACAGCUUUUAGUAACCCUUGUAAGUAUAGCUGAAAAUAUCAGUGAUAUACAUACACUACACCCAGUGGAAAUGUCACAUGUAAAGAAUCUCCAUCACACAGUCAUUAAAAAAGGUUGUUAUUUAUGUUAAAUUUGACCACAAGCUUAUCAGUUCAUGCAUCAGUUCCAUGUCUCUAUUUUGCUGACUCACGGUUACGGCACUUCCUUUGAGCUCAGCAUAAAAAAGUUUUGUGCCAAAUUGGGUUUCAGUGCAUUUAACACCUGAUAAAAAAACAAGAUAAGAAGACUUAUUGUGCCUGAGAAAUUUGGGUGUUUCAAUGACAUAUUCGAACUGUUCUGCUCUGCUUGGAAUUAUUCAAAGAGUUCAUUUAAAAAUUGUUGGCUUCUUGGCAUGGACCUUAAAGCACAAUCUACAAAUUUUUUAUAGGAUUGAUGUGUAGGAAGGCUAGGUGUUUGGGAUCAUUGUUUUGUGAUUAAACAACUGUGUUCAAGCUGAAAUUGAAGAAUUUAGAGGUAGUCCUUUGUCUUUAUUACAUCCACCUUGUGCACCAGUACCACUGGCUGAAAACAGACCCAGAGCAUAAUUCCACAACCACCAUGCAUAUUUGAGCGUGGGUGUAUAAAUGUUAAAAGUUUCAGUGGCACACAGGCAUAUCUGCACCCCCUGAAACUGUGAGCGCCAUCAUUACAUAGCAGCAUUACAUAGUUUGUAAGUGUGUGUGUGCGUGUGUGUGUGUGUGUGUGUAUGUGUGCAUUUUUCUAUCUUGAUGGUGUCCAUGACCUGAAAAAUGAACCACCCGGGGACCGGUUUUUACUGUGGGGAAUGAAAAUUGCCCAUGAGUACAAGCAUUGCAUUCGAUAGAAAAUAGGCUGCUGAUAUGCUUGGUGAAGUUAAAAAAAGGGUUCCCAGGAAGUUGCUUUUCAUGAUUCUACGUAUGGCCUACAGGCCAUGGAUGGCAUUAUGUGGGAAUUUGCACCUGUGGGAACACUGUAGACUGGGUGUUGUGGGACAGAUAUUAAUGAUAUAUUUAACCACAGACUUUGAACGGUUGGGUUUGAUGUGUUGAUUUUGUUGACUAAUCAAUUUCCAAGGUCAAACCACAGCUUUCAGCUCAACAUAUAAAUAUGUGCAUCACAGUGGGUUAUAAUGCAUUCAGCGUCUGAUCAAAGAGAGAUAAGAAGAAAUGUUCUGGUUGCGCAAUUUCAGUUGCAUGCUCCUUUUCAUCAUCCAGCCAGGCCAUGGUUCUGAGAUUAUUGAAGGGAAAGAGGUUGAGCCACACUCACUACCUUUCAUGGCCUAUGUGGAAAGCAAAACAUCUUUCUGUGGAGGGACAUUAAUCCAUCCACAAUGGGUACUGACUGCUGCUCACUGCACUGGUGUGAGUCUAGUGAUCCUGGGAGUCCACUCCCUCCAGAAAGUGGAAAGAGAUUCUUGGCAAAUCAGAGAAGUUGUGAAACGUUUUCCUCAUCCGGACUAUUACAGUGUCUUCCUGGGCAAUGACCUCAUGUUGCUCAUGCUUAACAAACCUGUGGAGUUGACCAAAACAGUGAAAUGGCUCGAGUUGGGCAACACUGCCAAAGACCCUCCAGCUGGCAGCAAGUGUCUGGUGGCCGGAUGGGGAACAACCGAAAAGACGGACUGGUCGGAUGUCCUGAUGUCAGUCAAUGUGACUGUGAUUGACAGACAGAAGUGCAACUCUCAUUAUUAUUACAACAACAGACCUGUUAUCACCAGAGGCAUGAUAUGUGCUGGUUCAAAUGGUUUAAACAAUGCUGAUACCUGUCAAGGGGAUUCAGGAGGGCCACUGUUGUGCAAUGGAGAGCUGGCUGGAGUCACUUCUUUUGGAGAUGGUUGUGGUAUUAUUAAAAAACCUGGAGUCUACUCGUUUAUCUCGAACAAACAACUCGACUGGAUCCAAGAAACCAUUAACAGAUCUGAAAUGUCAUGAAUCCGCAGGCAUCGACCAAUAUGAGCAAAGCAAGAAGGGAAUCUUUGAUACUUCUAUGUUAAAUAAUAUUUGGUCUCUGUAGAUCACUUAGUUGACAAUUAUUCAUUUUAGCGUUGCAUUUUUUUCUCUUAUAGUUUAUGAUGUUUUAGUUUCUGGUAGGGUUUUGUACUCUGUACUUUGCACUGCAGGAACUUAAGGCAGCUACAACGUGGCGUGAACAAUAAUAGGAUUGACCCUCUAAAUGAAAAGGAAACAGUCAGUGUGAUGGUUUGUGGAUUAAUGUUUGUCAUUUUAGCUGUUGUCACUACAGACUGUUCAUAAAUCAGGUUAUCCCUUUUUCUAUAAAACAAGUUUCUGCCAAUUGUCUCUUUUUUAUGUUCCACUUUUUAUAAACUGCUACUGGUAAGAGCAGAUGUGACAAUUAGGCCCUUAAUGAUAAGAAUAUGAUGAAGAAUUGGAUGUUUCAUGGUAAAAUGGAAGUUUGUCCCUGGAUUCAUCCACUUCUCUGUAUCAAGAGGACUUUUUUAAAUGAAAAACUCAAUAUUAUGUUAGUCUGUUCUUUAUGUAUUCUAUGACCAUGACUGUGUACAGCUGUACAACACACUUUUUAUUUACACACUUUUUUUUUUAACACAACGCUCUACGAUGUCACAAUAAAGCCAUAAAGUUUUGCAA